UGCGCUUCCUGAACUCCUGGGGAGACUCUGCCCAUGGGCUCUCUGAGCAGCCGAGUGCUGCGCCACCGGGAACAAACCCCAGCCCAACCCGAACCGUGUUCCGGGUCGGGGGGCUCGGCCCGUGGACCCAGGACUGGCGGCGACGCAAACAGCCACAGCUUCUGUUACUGCCCAGGCAGACUCAAGCGCAAGCGGAGAAGCGGGGCCUUCUGCUACUGUCACCCCGACUCCGAAACGGACGAGGAUGAGGAGGAAGGAGACGAGCAACAACGGCUCCUCAACACCCCGCGAAGGAAAAAAUUAAAGAGUACAUCCAAAUACAUUUAUCAGACAUUAUUUUUGAAUGGUAAAAAUAGUGACAUUAAAAUUUGUGCUCUGGGAGAAGAAUGGAGCUUACACAAAAUUUAUUUAUGUCAAUCUGGCUACUUUUCUAGUAUGUUCAGUGGUUCUUGGAAAGAAUCCAACAUGAAUAUUAUUGAAUUGGAGAUUCCUGACCAGAAUAUUGAUAUAGAAGCACUGCAGGUUGCAUUUGGUUCUCUGUAUCGAGAUGAUGUCUUAAUAAAGCCCAGUCAAGUUAUUGCCAUCUUGGCGGCAGCUUGUAUGCUACAGUUGGAUGGUUUAAUACAGCAAUGUGGUGAGACAAUGAAGGAAACAAUUAAUGUGAAAACUGUAUGUGGCUAUUACACAUCAGCAGGGACCUAUGGAUUAGAUUCUGUAAAGAAAAAGUGUCUUGAAUGGCUUCUAAACAACUUGAUGACACACCAGAAUGUUGAACUUUUUAAAGAACUCAGUAUAAACGUCAUGAAAAAGCUCAUUGGUUCUUCUAACCUAUUUGUGAUGCAAGUGGAAAUGGAUGUUUACACAGCACUUAAAAAGUGGAUGUUUCUUCAAAUUGUGCCUUCUUGGAGUGGAUCUUUAAAACAACUUUUGACUGAAACAGAUGCCUGGCUUUCUAAGCAAAGAAAAGAUUUUGAAGGUUUGGCCUUCCUUGAAACUGAGCAAGGGAAACCAUUUGUGUCAGUAUUCAAAAGUUUAAGGUUACAGUACAUUAUUAGUGAUCUGGCUUCUGCAAGAAUUAUUGAGCAAGAUUCUCUAGUACCUUCAGAAUGGCUGUCUUCUGUAUAUAAACAACAAUGGCUUGCUAUGCUACGAGCAGAACAAGACAGCGAGGUGGGGCCCCAAGAAAUAAAUAAAGAAGAACUAGAAGGACAUAGUAUGAGAUGUGGAAGGAAGCUUGCCAAAGAUGGUGAAUACUGCUGGCGGUGGACAGGUUUUAACUUCGGCUUUGACCUGCUUGUAACUUAUAACAAUCGGUACAUCAUUUUCAAACGCAAUACACUGAAUCAGCCAUGUAGUGGUUCUGUUAGUUUACAGCCUCGAAGAAGCAUAGCAUUUAGAUUACGUUUGGCCUCUUUUGAUAAUAGUGGAAAACUAAUAUGUAGUAGAACAACUGGCUAUCAAAUACUAACACUUGAAAAGGAUCAGGAACAAGUGGUGAUGAACUUGGACAGCAGGCUUCUGGUAUUCCCUUUAUUUAUCUGCUGCAACUUCCUGUAUGUGUCACCAGAAAAAAGAACUGAACAUAAUCAUCCAGAAAACUGAGCACCUCAUCAACUGGAACCAGUAACACUUUACAAAAAUCUUAGGCCAGCUUUAUUUUAAUAAUGGCUUUGCUGAUAAUCACAUCGAAGGUGACUAACUCUAACAAAGGCCUUAUGAACUAUAACAGAUAACACAGAAGACUGUUCUUAUCCUUACUUCAUUUCUAUGCAUAUAUGGGGGGGAAACCUUAAAGCCAAGAAAAUAUCAGUCAAACUACUCUUGUAAAGAUGUCAGCCACUGCUUUUGAUUUACCAUCAGUAGAAAAUUGUUAUAAAUUCCACACACUUCUGCAACCAAAUAUAAAUUUAAUUUUUCAGCUUAAACUUUGAUCCUAUCUAAUGUUAGUUAGCCUUAGGUAUUCAUCUGUGAAUUAAUUUUUAUUUGCCUAAAAAAAAUUUAAAGAAUUAUUUAAAUAGCCAAUUAAAAAUGCUUUCAGUUUGUACAUUGA